AUUCUUCACAAUAGAAGAAUUCACUUCACUGAAACGUAAACACAAGUUGGAGUUCAACGACACCAGUACAUAUUUUGGUCCUUUGAUCAGCUUUUAAGAUUUGACAGGUUUCGUGGUAAGUCUCGACACCCCCGUUAUUUAUAUAAAUUAACAUCUGUGACUCUAGCUAAAGAAAUCGAAAUCGCUAAAAUCAUUAUCGAGCUAGCUUUGCUUGUUCUUGGUGAACUGCGACAUGACCAGCAAAAUGUAGUUAACAGGCCGUUUUAUGCACUUAGUAAAUAAAAUACUUCCCAAUCAAUAAAUUAACGUUAAAGGUAAUAAUAGAGUUUCUAGUAAUGCUGGACGAAAAAUAUUCCGGCGCCGUGAGCCCGAAGAGACGCCGCCACAGCCGCUCACCGGACCGAGGGCUGAAGAACCACAGACACGAGCACGAAGACGAGCACAAAUCGCGACACAACGACAAAGAGAGGAGCAGAAACCGCUUCCGAGUCGGGUAUUCUCGCAGUCGCUCCAGGUCAAGGGAAAGAGAUCGAUCGAAUUGGUCAGAUCAGAGAGACAGAGAUCACGGCUUUGGAUCAAGAUCCGAUUACUAUGAGAAGAGAGAUGAUGCCCAGCGACAGAGACAAGACGCCUUCAUCGCGAGGCGUCUGCAGGAACGCGAGAGAAUUGGUGAACUGGGAUGUCCUGAGGUCUGGGGAUAUUCUCCAAGAGUCAGAGAACCUGACUCAGAUGAACACACUCCUGUAGAAGAGGACGUGAAGAACAGUUCUGAUUCAAGUUCACAGGAGGAAAAGAAGAAAAAGAAAAAGAAGAAGAAGAAGAAAUCAAAGAAGAGGAGGAACAGGAAGCACUCAGAGGACAGCGAGUCAGAAAGUGAUUCUGAAGAGGUGAAAAAGAAGAAAAGAAAGAAGAAAAGUAAAAAGAAAAAAUCAAAGAAGAAGAAGGGGAAGAAGAAUCACAAGGAGUCCAGCAGCUCUAGCAGUGAACAUUCAGAGGAAGAAGAAGACGACGUCAAUGAAAUCUCAUGGGUGGAGAAAACUGGUGUUGGAGAACAUGUUGUUGGACCUGAAGCUCCCCUCACUCACCUGUCCCAAGAUGAUAAACCCUUAGAUUUUGGUCACGCUUUGCUACCAGGAGAAGGUGCAGCCAUGGCAGAGUUUGUCAAAGCCGGAAAACGUAUUCCAAGAAGAGGUGAAAUCGGUUUGACUAGUGAUGAGAUUGCAGAGUUUGAGAAAUGUGGCUAUGUGAUGAGUGGAAGCAGACAUCGGCGUAUGGAGGCUGUGCGUCUGAGAAAGGAAAACCAGAUCUACAGUGCUGAUGAGAAGAGGGCGCUUGCUUCCUUUAACCAAGAGGAAAGAAGAAAGAGGGAGAGCAAAAUACUUUCUAGCUUCAGGGAAAUGGUGUACAGAAAAACUAAAGGCAAAGACGAGAAGUAGGCUGUCCUGCAGGAUUAUAUUUUCAGUUGGAAUGUCAUUUUUUUUCUUUUUUAAAAGGAAAAAGACAACAUAAAAUGUGAAUGAGUCACAGAUUUGACUUAAAUGUGUGUUUGUAUUCAUUUUUGUCUGCUUGGGCAUCCUCCUGUACAGUACACAGUGAGAGGCUUGUGAACUAAAAUUGAUAUGUAUGUUUCUCUUAUUACAAACAAGAAAAAAACCGUGAUCAGUAGAACUCAGACCAUUAACCGCUGCUAUACAAUUCAUGUAAUGUGUGCUGCAUCUAAAUAAAAAUGGUUAUGUGAUUCACUGUCAUGCUGGAAGGUUCAUUGAAGAGGAGAAUUCGCCUUUAA